AUGCCGCAAAUCGAGGAAAUUGUAGAUGAGCAGGACAUCGAUAAUAUGGAUUACGAUCCUGCUGAUUUCGAGUCCUCGAACCCAUUCAGUACAGAUAUGCCAGUAGAAGGCGGAGUGCGGCUCCGGCCCGUGGAGAGGCCCAAUCCGCAGCCUGCGGCCCGGCCAGCGGGUUCUGGCGUCCCCGACCUGCAACAGAUGAUGUCGGCGGCACAAUCGAUGCCUGCUCCUGAAAACACGCCUAGAUUUGCAUCCGGCGUGGCAAAGAACGAGGUGCCCGAGGAAAUGAAGGACUGGAAGGUCAUCUACCCGUGUUAUUUCGACAAGCGUCGCUCAUUAAAGGAGGGCCGCCGUGUGCCUGCUGAUAUGGCAGUAAAUGACCCGCUAGCUAUUACUUUGGCAGAGGCAUGCGAGUCGCUGGGCUACCAAGUGAGUGUCGAGCUUGUCAAGGGACACCCCCAAGACUGGGCGAAUCUGGGCCGAAUCCGGGUCAAUACCAAGGACCCCAAGCGCACAUUGUACCCAAAGAUUGCCCAGUACCUUAAAAUGCACCCUACAACUGAAGCAUCGGCAUAUGCGGAUGACUACCGUCGCGUUGCCCACUUUGACUCUGUCCGGCCGCUGGCCAGGCCGCUGGGCAUCAAAAUGAACGAUAUUUUACCAGGCAUCUCCCCGGCUCUGUCUGCGCAGAAAGAAAUCGAUAAAGCUAUGACUACGGAUGUUGGACGCAUGUUUGGCGGUAUGGGAAUGCCAGGAAUGGCCAAAUAG